AGUACUGUAAGGUAAUGCAGUUAAGAAUAAUUUGAUAUAUUGUGUCCUGUAAAUCAUUUACUUUUUUUCGAUUUGUUAGCAUAAUUCCCUGUUCCAUCUUCCAGCCCACCUGGUGGCGGUAAUGCAUUUAAAAGUCAGUGUGUAUCCACUAAAGAAGAAGACAGCAGACUCCACAGACGCUGCAGGAUGGGGCGGGCAAAGCGGGCUGACGCCGGGAGAUUCGAGCCAUGAUCGCGGUCCAGGCUGAAUUAGCUACUGUGUGAACCUGAAGUAACCGUAAGCUCUCUGCAGCUUGAUCCGCUGCACGUGUUUGUUUUUUUGUGUUGUCAUGUCGUUACCCUGUGUGGUCUCUCCGAGCAGAAUCAGCGGCUGUUAAAACUUCUCAGCAGCUGUUGGCGUUCAUUGCUUGGAGGCCUCCCAGACCUCGGGCUGUCGUUCAGUGCUUAGCCUAGGAACGCACCACCUUGUCCCGCAGAACGCUUCGAGAAGGUGUUGAUCAUGGAGGCCAUGGAAGUGGACUCCCCUGUGGAGUUGCAGGGAGGAGGCAUCGUACAGCCAGAGGUUGCAGCUGUUGCUGUAGGUCAGGCUGAGGAUGCCAAUGCACCACCUGUCAUCUCAGACUCUGGCAGCAGCACUGAGGUGGAGGAGGAAGAAGAUGAUGAAGACAAUGAAGGAGGACAGUCAGCAGCUCGGGUUCCUCCCAGACUUCUUGCCACCUGGGCAUUUAGUCAGAGGGCAGUGGGCAGGGCUGCAGCUACACCUUCAGCAGCUCAAGGGGCGCCCAUGCGGAGGAGGCUCAGACAGGGCCUCAGGUUGCACUAUCCCAGUCAGACUGCCGCACCGUCAAGAGGCUUCCCAGACUUUCUGCUCCGAGCGCCAGCUGCCAGUGUGGCAGAGCCAGAGUCCGGGAGCACCACUGAGGGCAGUGAGUCUGAGGAUGAGGCAGAGGGGGAUGAAAACAGAACAGCUGCUGGCAUGGAGCCUGUCAACCUAGCCUCUCCUGCUGGUCCUAACCUCAAUGCUGCCAUCCAGCACAUUCCACCACAGGAAGCCAGUACAACCAACUCCAGUUCAGCUGCCGAUGGUGAGAGGACAGAAGCUCAAAGUCAGGACGGCCAGUUGGCCCCAGCAUCGCUAGCUUCAGUCCAGUCGUCCCACAGUGAGGAGAGUGAUGGCGACACCUGCACCAUCUGCUUUGAAGCGUGGACUACAGCGGGUGAACACAGACUGUCUGCUCUGCGCUGUGGACAUCUCUUUGGCUUCACCUGUAUCCAGCGCUGGCUGAAAGCUCAGGGCCAGGCUGCUAAAUGUCCACAGUGUAACAAGAAAGCAAAGCGUUCAGACAUCGUGCUUCUGUACGCACCAAAGCUGAGAGCACUGGACAACUCUGAGCAAGAGAGCUUAAAGAAAUCUCUGGAGCAGGAGCAAUCUCUGAGGAGGAAGGCUGAACUGGAGUCAGCUCAGUACAAACUCAAACUGCAGGUUGUCACCAACAAAUACGGACAAGCGCAGCAAGAGCUGCAGGAGCUCAAAGCCCUGAUGGCCCAGACUGGCCGGAGCUCAGUUCCCUCUUCCUCUACCCCUUCUGCUUCGUCAUCGUCAGCCUCACUCCUUCUCAGUCUGUCUCAGAGGGUGGAUGGCUCCAAGACACUUCAGUACAGCUUCUCCAAAGGCGUGCUGGUGUCUCAGGCUGGAGGCUGCAGGGUUUUAUCCUACUGUGAGCCUCUGAGUUGCCUGUUGGCCUCACAACCUUCCCCUCACUCCACACUGGUGCCUGGUUGUGGGGUGAAGAAAGUGAGUGUAGUGAACAUGAAGGCAAGUCAGUAUCUUCCCAUACACAGUAAACAGAUCAGAGGUCUGUCCUUCAACAGACAGAAUGACAGUCUGCUGCUGUCUGCUGCCCUGGACAACACCAUCAAACUGACCAGUCUGCUGACGAACACUGUAGUCCAGACCUAUAACGCCGGUAAACCAGUGUGGAGCUGCUGCUGGUGUUUGGACAACAGUAACUACGUCUAUGCUGGUCUGACUAAUGGUUCAGUGCUCAUCUAUGACACCAGGGACACCAGCACACAUGUUCAGGAAUUGCAGCCACUACGUUCCAGGUGUCCAGUGGCAUCUCUGAGCUACAUCCCUCGGGCGGCGUCCAGCUCGUUCCCCUGCGGUGGGAUAAUUGCUGGCUCUCUAGAAGGUGGAUAUUUCUGGGAGCAGGUGAACGAGACCACCUACAGACCACACCUCCUGCCACUGGAGGCUUCCGGCUGCACCGACAUCCAGGUAGAGACGGAGAGCAGACACUGCCUGGUUACAUAUAGGCCAGGACGCUCCAACCCAUCUCUGCGCUGCGUCUUGCUGGCUCUGAACCGAACCCCUCAGCAGGACUCUAGUCAGCUGCCCAGCUGCUCCUGUUCUCCGGUGCAGACGUUCAGUGCAGGCGCGUCCUGCAAACUGCUCACCAAGAACGCAGUCUUCAAGAGUCCAGACGGAGGCGGAAUGCUGGUCUGUGCUGGGGAUGAGGCGUCUAACUCCGCCAUGUUGUGGGAUGCCGGCAGUGGCUCUCUACUCCAGAAGCUGCCAGCUGACCUCCCGGUGUUGGACAUCAGCCCAUUUUCUGUGAACGGCGAGCACUUUCUAGCUACGCUUACGGAGAAGAUGCUGAAGCUCUACAAGUGGGAAUGAAUGAGUAAGACUUGGUGUAUGGGAGCUGCUGGUCUCAACCAGAAACCAAAAAAACAAAACCUUACCACAGGCCCAGAGCACCAGAAGAGGAAGCAGUCUGGGUAGAACUGUGGGAAACAAUGCUGCUAAACUUUUAUCUGUAUGUUUACACAUGCAAAAAAACAGAUUACUUCAAGUGAUGGGCCUGAGGAAACCUUUCAGUCAUUAUUUUAAUUUCCUUCCUUUUUAACCGAACAUCCAUUUGUUACAGUGUGAAGCUUCAAUCCAGGGGUGUGAUGGACCCAUUUCCUUUCAAAAUAGUAUGACUGUGUUUGCAUAAGUCAAGUUGGAUUAAUAAUGUAUAUGGUCAGUCUGUCAGCAGAGUCCCAGUCACCUCAGCUGGUGGAGUGGUUGGAGGGCUGUGGACAGCAACAGAUUUUUUCUUGUUUUGAAUCUGACUAAAGCAAUUCUUUGGAGAAAAGUACUGUCAGUCUUACAAUUAAAAUGACUGACACACCAACGUGUUUGCAAGUUGUGUGUCCUUAAUUACCAGUCAGGUAUAUUUAGGCUUUUUGCUGUUCAUUUUCAGGUUCUAUUCCCAUUCAUUUCUGACCAGUAGUGAAAGCAUUCAGCAGGAUUUUCAAACUUGUGUAAGUUUUCUAAUCCUUCACAGUCAACAUCAAGUCUGGGCAGCAACUGACUUGUAUUUUCUUCAUCAUUUCAUCUGCAGAUUACCUUCUCAAUUAUUAUCAGCCUUACAAAUCCUGUGAUGGUUGGGAUGUACGUGCAACAGUAAUGUAACUUUUAAAGUGAAUUCAUUCAUGUCCACUGCGAUGGAUUACACAGCUUAAUAGACUUUUAUACUAUACGGAAAUAAAAGCUAAUGACUGGAAAAGUGACACAACAUGAGAUUUCUACAAAAUGGCAACAUUAUUUGAAAAAUGGUUUAAUGUAAUUGUAAGUCAGUUGUAGUAAAAGGGUUACAUCUUGGUUCAUUAACUGGAAACUUUUUAAAGACCAUUGUCACUGAUGUAUAUUAUGAAUCACCAUGGCUAAUUUUCCAAAUCAUAUCAUCACUUUGUAGUUGGAUUCCCUCCUGGAAUUAGUGAGUAUAAGCAUUUCUUGUUCAGAUUUAAAACUUGGUGGCUAAUCAGUAAACCUAAUCCAUCCAAAAAGCAAAUUCCAUUCUUAUGUUCACGGUUUGGUUUUAUAUUUACCUUGUCAGUGCAGCUCCUUUCUGCAGCUUUGUAACGAAAAUUUGGGAAGUCCUGUCACCACAGAAAUGAUGCAUUACUUUGACAAUUAAGUAAAGGUGACCUAAUAUUGAUCAUCUAAAACUGAUGAGAUGGUUUGGAAGAUUGACUGCUGUAAAUGAGGAGCUACGUGUCAUGUUCUGUUUUCAGAGUUCUGCUGCUGUUUCACUUGGAACAAUGAAGGCAGCUGGUGAAUAGCGUGUAGGCAACAACAUAGGGAGCCCUUCAGCUUUUUAAAAUCUAUAUCUAAAAUGGGUAUGUAUGCUUGUAUUUCAGCCCAGCAAAGUUAGGCUUAAGUAGGACGUCUCUAUCCAACUCUGAAACCUCAGACACCAAAUUUUACUAUAAAUUUUCAGUUGUUUCCAAAAAUUGAGCAAAGAAACACAGUUAGCCCAACUUGUUUUCAUUAAAUCUGACCUCCCACUGCCUUUUGAGCAUUUCAGUAUUCACUUCACACAAGCACAAACUCACCCUGUCGGUCACAAUGAUUUAUUUUGUUCAUCUUUAGUCAGAUUUUUUUUUUUUUUUUUUUUUUUUUUUUUUAUCUAUUGUCCUCUGAACCAGAACUUUAAGUGCCAAAGUAAUCUGCUGUUGAUGUAAAUUUUACUUUCCUUAUCUUUGUUUCUAAAGACAGUUGUAUAUAUGUAUAUUUGCUACCAAACAUUUGUGUACACCUUCGAAGGUAAUAAAAACUGUUAUUUUUCAUUAAAGUUGUGACAAUUUACCAUUUUAAGUCACUGUAUAAAACCUGCUGCCAUCUUUUUUCUUAAUUAAAAAAAAGCGCAGUAGUCCACCAAG